AUGAAGGAUAAUCCAUCACAGGAUGUCGAGAAGAUUUCGGACGAAGAUAAAAAAGAAGUUAAUCAAGGUGAGGAGCACAAACGAUUAGCUGGAUAUCGCCCACUCGAAACAAUCAUUAGAUUAUGUCCCGGACCACUCGUUUCUCAAAUUGUUAGUACAUUGUAUGGUGUUGUUGACUCAAUGUGGGUAUCAAGAUUCAUUGGAGAAAUAGGAAUGACGGCUCUUUCAGUUGCUUUCGUAAUUGAUGCUUCAGCAAUUUCAUUUGCAAUUGCUGUUUCGGUUAGUGCAGCUACCCAAAUUGCAUAUUUGUUGUCAAUGAAAGAAUAUGACAAGAUUAAUCAAGUUGCAGCUGAUUUGUUCAGGAUUUGCUUAAUUAUCGGUUGCUGUAUCCCUAUCAUUCUCUUACCUAUUGCAAAGCCUAUUUUCAAAUUCUUAGAAGCACCUCCAGAAGUUGUGAAACUUGCAUUUCAGUAUGUGAUACCACUUUGUGCAAUGAACUUCUUUGCAUGCUGUUAUUACACUAUGUGCGGUAUAUUACAGGCAGAAGGUCGAACUUGGACUUACGCAAUUUCUCAAAUUUCAUCAAUGCUCUUGAAUAUGGUUUGUUGGGAUCCAUUGUUAUUGUGGUCAUUAAAACUCAUUGUUGGAUCUUCAAUGGCCACAGAAAUUGCCAUGAUUAUCCCUGGUACUGUCUUAAUUACUUUAAUGUUUUGCGGAAAAUUCGCAGCAAAGCCAAAAUUCCAUCUUUUUAUCAACAAAUUUGCCCCAGAAACAUGGAUGGCCUUGAAAACAGGUCUUUCUGCCCUCAUCAUGAAUAUCUCAUUUGUUGUUCCAACUUUUGUUAUGCAAAAGUACCUGGUUAUACGUGCAAACAAGACUGGAGAGUUUGAAAUGGUCAUUGCUGUUUAUAACGCUAUCUUUAGAAUCUAUGGUUUAGCGUUUUUCGUUCCUUUAGCCAUGAAUGCUGCUUAUUUACCUGCAGCUUCUUAUGCUUAUGGCGCAAAGAUGAAGAAAAGAAUUCUUCAUUUGACAUGGCAUGUUAUUUGGAUUUCCAUUGUUUGGGGAUUCUUAAUUACCUUCUUGACAUCUGUUAUUCCUGGGCCAAUCAGUUCUAUUUUUAGCAAAGAUCCAAGUUUCAAGAAAUGGUCGUUAAGAAUGAUUCCAAUUUGUUUUUAUACUUAUUCUUUCGCUUGUGUCAAAUUCAUUAUGAUUUCUUUCUUGUAA